AUGGGAAGAGAAGACCAAAUUGAGGAGAGGGAGGUUCUCGACAGUAUUUUCCCAGAGGAAAUUCAUGAUAUAUCAGAGACAGAAUAUCGAGUUUCGAUUCUACUCGACGUGACAAACCAAGAUGGCGACGAAUCAGAACCUCCAACGAUGCUUCUACAAGUCAAAUACCCAGAAGAAUAUCCCGAAGAACCACCUGUUCUAGAUUUACUACCAACUCCUAAUGCGCCUAUUCAUCCUUUUUUCAGUGUCGCAAAUGAUAAACAAAUCCUCCUUGAUGGACUGGCCGAGACAAUUGAGGAGAACAUGGGGAUGGCUAUGAUAUUCACAUUAGUCUCUACUUUGAAAGAAAACGCAGAGCAACUUAUUGCGCAAAGACAGGAAGCAAAGGAAAGAGAACACGAGCAGAAAUUGUUGGCGGUAGAGGCCGAGGAAAAUAAGAAGUUUCAUGGAGAGCCGGUUACGAGAGAGUCAUUUAUGAAGUGGAGAGAAGGGUUCCAGAAGGAGAUGGAAGAAAUUAAGGUCAAGGAGGAAGCAGAGGAAGAAGCGGCAGAGAAAAAGAAGAAUAAGGGGAAGGAUGCUGUCAUUGCGCUUACUGGAAGACAACUUUGGGAGAGAGGUAUGGCUGGAAAGGUUGAGGAGGAUGAGGACUAUGAUGAUGUACCUAUUGAGGGUGUGGAUAAGCUGAAGGUUGAAACAUGAUUAUAUGGUUACAUAUUAUUCCCAGGUAUGGAGUUGCAUUGCUGGCGUUGGUUUGGGGCAGUCUACAAAGAGAUUUUGUCCAUAAAAGUAGAAAUAACACGGAAUGAAGUGAGAGGAGGAUUAAAACAUGUCCAAACGCGCCGUUCGUAUUGGAUACGCAAUGGUCAUUGCCAUAAGUCUCUUCAUUAUCUAUCAGUCAUCAC